UGCCGCCGCGGGGCGGGAGGCGGCCAUGUCGCUAUUGUCUGCGCUGGUGCCCUUGCUCCGGGUGUACUGCAUCGGCCUCCGCGUCAUCCUGCACCAGCUGCGCCGCCGCUUCCAGCCGCGGUGCGCCCCGGCCUCAGGUACUCAUUAAUGAGUGAAGGAUCAAAAGGUGGGACGGUGGCCAAGAAGCAAUGGAGAAUAAAAGUUUAGAAGGUUCCCCAUCAGACCUAAAGUUAGUGGCUCACCCGAGAGCAAAGAGUAAAGUGUGGAAGUACUUUGGGUUUGAUACCAAUGCAGAAGGAUGCAUAUUACAGUGGAAGAAGAUCUACUGCCGUAUUUGCAUGGCACAGAUUGCCUAUUCAGGAAACACAUCCAACCUUUCCUACCACCUUGAGAAAAAUCACCCUGAUGAAUUCUGUGAGUUUGUGAAAAGCAACACUGAGCAAAUGAGGGAAGCCUUUGCCACAGCAUUUUCAAAAAUCAAGCCGGAGUCAUCGCAGCAGGUUGUUCAAGAUAGCCUCAUCAUGAAGACCUACCAGAACUACGAAAACAAAAAACAUCAGGAACUGACAUCUGCAGUCAUCAGCUUAAUUUGCGAGGGCAUGUAUCCAGCCUCCAUCGUGGAUGAACCUACCUUCAAGGCCCUCUUGCGAACGGCAGACCCCAGGUAUGAACUUCCGAGCCGGAAGUACUUCUGUACAAAAGCAAUUCCUGAAAAGUACAGUGCUAUUAGAGAAAUUGUGCUGAAAGAGCUCACUGAGGUUCUCUGGUGUGGCAUAUCCACAGACAUGUGGAGGAGCGAAAACCAGAACAGGUCGUAUGUAACUGUGGCAGUUCACUUUCUCAGCAGCAGUCCUGCUAACUGCCUGGCUGUGAACUCGCGCUGUUUGAAAACGUUCGAAGUACCGGAGGAUAACACUGCAGAGACCAUUACACGAGUCCUUUAUGAAACAUUCAUUGAGUGGGGGAUCAAUACAAAAGUCUUUGGUGCUACAACAGAUUACAGUAAAGACAUUGUAAAAGCUUGCUCUCUCUUAGAUAUUCCCGUACAGAUGCCUUGUUUGGGGCACACUUUUAAUGCAGGAAUACAACAAGCUUUUCAGCUCCCCAAACUCUGCAACCUUCUUGCCAGGUGUCGAAAGUUGGUGGAGUAUUUUCAGCAGUCUACAGUCGCAAUGUACAUGCUGAGCGAAAAGCAGAAGCAGCAGAAUAUUCUCCACUGCAUGCUGGUAAGCGACCGUGUUUCCUGGUGGGGAAGCACGCUCGCUAUGCUGCAGCGCCUCAAGGAGCAGCAGUUUGUCAUUGCGGCUGUUCUCGUGGAGGACAGCAACAACCACCACCUCAUGCUGGAAUCCAGUGAGUGGAAUACAAUCGAAGGGCUGGUGGAGCUGCUCCAGCCUUUCAAGCAGGUUGCAGAGAUGAUGUCUGCUUCAAAGUACCCGACGAUAAGUAUGGUAAAGCCACUUCUCCACAUGCUUCUGAAUACCACUCUGAACAUCAAAGAGAACGAUUUGAAAGAAAUCAGCAUGGCAAAGGAGGUGAUUGCUAAAGAGUUGUCAACCACCUACCAGCACACACCUGAGAUAGACAUGUUUCUCAAUGUUGCAACUUUCUUAGAUCCCCGCUACAAGAAACUGCCUUUUCUUUCAGCCUUUGAGAGGCAGCAGGUGGAAAACAGAGUGGUGGAAGAAGCAAAAAGCCUGCUAGAGAAAGUAAAAGAAAAUAGUUUUAGAACUGAGGAGAAAUUCUUCUCUGUUUCAGAAGAGCCCCCUAUGAAAAAAAUCAUAAUCUCCUCUACUCCUCCUCCUACCAGUGUCAUCAACAACAUGCUUGCAGAGAUCUUUUGCCAGACAGGAGGCGUGGAAGACCAGGAGGAAUGGCAUGCUCAAAUCGUUGAGGAGUUGAGCAACUUCAAGUCACAAAAGGUCCUGGGUUUGAAUGAAGACCCAUUGAAGUGGUGGUCUGACAGAUUAGCACUCUUUCCAGUUUUACCAAAGGUUCUUCAAAAAUACUGGUGUAUCCUGGCCACAAGGGUCUUCCCUGAACGCCUUUUUGGUUCUUCUGCUAAUGUUGUGAGUGCAAAGAGAAACCGGUUAGCCCCAGCUCAUGUGGAUGAGCAGAUCUUUUUGUAUGAAAACAGUCGUAAUGGGUCUGAGGCAGAACCGGAGGACGAAGAUGAAGGAGAGUGGGGUUUGGAACAGGAACAGAUUUUUAAUUUAAAUGACUCGGUAAACAUAAACAACAGUUUCUUUAAUAUUCGAGACAGUGGGUUUGUUUAACAGGACUGCUGCGGUACAUUUAAUGACAAAGAAAAGAGGUAUUUGUCUUAAGUUACCAAAAAUUCUUCUGUUGUAUGCUAUGAAUGCUGUAAAUAUUGAACAGUUGUAACAAACUUGAUUUAGCUUCCAUUGUCUGUGUUUUUCCCACUGUCUUAAAACAUGAAUGACUUGUGAUCAAACAGCACUGAAAUGAAUGAGGAAAUAAAUUCUACAAAGAUCGUGAUUUUUGACUGUGGCCCAGAUUUCAGAAAGCACUUAUCUAUGUGCUUCCUUUCCACUUGUUUCAGUGGGAGACAAACACAUGCUUAUGUGCUUUCUAUCAUAAAAUUAUUUUCCUGAGUUAGGACCUUGAGGAAGUUUUUUUAAAUGUAUGCCUCCAUUUGUAAAUCCUGUGUGACUCAGGAUGCUAGCUUUAAAUUUUGGAUUUUAAAAUGUUUUUAAAAUCCAUAGAUCUGAGCAGUUAAUAUUUUUAGAAUAUAUUGUUGCUAUGGAAUGAAAAAAGAUCUUGAGCCUAAUUUUCACUACCUCAUGUCUUAGGUCUGGUCUAUGCUAGUAAAGUACAGCUGGUACAAUUAUGUUGGUUAGGGGACUGAUGUGUUAUUAUUUUAACUGAUACUGUGCUGGCAUAGGCUGUAGUGUGGAUGCAUUUAUACCACGAUAAUUUAUUUUCCUUUCCAGUGCAGUGUAAAUGGUAUGAACACUUAAACUGGUAUUGCUGUGUCCACAUUAGUCCAGUUUUACCAUUUAACUGCAGCUAAAUGGCAAAAUUGUUUUUUUGUUUGUUUUGCUUUGUGUCUAAGCAAGACCUGAUUGUAGUCUCUUGUGUUUUUGCAAAGUGGGAACCAAGUGUGGGGUCGAGGCAGUGCUGUGUUACCUUCACCUUGUGCUGAUGCCAUGGCUGAUGCCACGGCAUAGUGUGUAGCAGGCAAGGCAUCAGGCCUUUGGUAAGGGAGGGAUGGGGAGAGGGCAGGGAGACGUCUGCAGGCUACUGGUCUACUGGUUUGUCUGUGUUAUAAACUCCAUAACCUCUUCACUUAACGGGGACUUUGCCCAGGGUAGGUUGAAAAUUUUGUUGGCAAGAAAAGCAAAAUAAAAAGCUUUAAUAUUAUGUAAAUAUAUUUAAAAGAAGGGGACCCCUGAAUUUCCUCACAUGUAUUUAGUGAAUCUUUAAAUUUUUUUUGUUAUGUUAGCACUUACAAUCUUUUUUCACCUGUCUCUUUUUAAUUCAGUUUGUAGAGUGGACUUCAGUCCUGUCCUGUGUAAUGUUUGAGUACUGUUUCCGAUUAGUUGUGUAUUGUAACUACUCCCUUUGUGUCUCUCAGCAUAAGUGUUUUAAGCCCCUUUGAGAACUUGACAAACAAGAAAAAAGAAAGGAAACCAACCUGACACCCCCACCCCGCCCCCAAUGUCUUAUGAAAUACUGCAGGUCAUAAACAGGAUCAGAGUUCACCCUAGACACAAAAUAGGAUGCACCAGGUUCUUUUUCUGAGCUGCAGUGGAGAACUGUUGGCAUUUUCCAGUUACAAUCAAGGUUUGCUUGGGGUUUUAUUUCUGUUACUGGUGUUUCACUCCCCCACCUCACUGUUAGUCUACAACUAUGUUGAGCAAUAUCUGUGUGUUACUGUUCUGGAGGAAGAAAGUUGGGGUUUUUUCAUCACAAUGACACCUGUGGACAUUGGGUUUUAAAAAGAGCACAGACAGCAGGAACAUACAAAAAUGGGAAUGGUGAUGGAAUUGAAUCUAUUGCCAAAUGGUUUGUUUAUGGUUUGGUUUAAUAAUUUUUGGAAGUUUGAGGCCUCUGUGUUCUUUGUAGGUGGUGGGAAGGGAUGGGUGAGUGAGGAGAAAGGACAGAGGUUAGGCUGAAGGAACAGUGGAGUAAGUACUUACAACUACAUAAAGAAAAAUGUUUAAGCCUGGGAAAAAUGCAGUUAGCAAGUGGUGCAGCCUGUGUUUGGCUGUUAGUAAGCCUGGGGUUUCACUUUCCAGCCCCCUGAAAACUGAUUUGCACUUGUACAAAGUACAUGCACUGUGCAUCCUGUUGAAUGUUGCUACUCUCCAUGUCCACUGAAGAGGUGUAUAUGUUUGCCCAAGGCACAAAAUGCAGGCUUGGCCUAAAAUUCCACAAGUAAGUCUGCUAUCUGUGAGGGCAACAAAAUCAAAUUAUGGAAGGGAGUGAGAUACCUGAGCUCCUGUGGCACCCCAGCAGUCUGCCAGGAAGAGCUCUUGGUUUUUGUGGCCAUCACUUGCAGGAGCUGCUACCACCACUGCAAGCCCUCCCUCCAGGACCUGCACAAAUGCUGGUGUGAAGUGUGUGGAUCUUGUCUUACAUGAGCAUAAUUUAAAGCUGUGCCCUCACAAUCAAGGCAAAGCCCAGAGCACCCUUAGUCUGGACUUGGCCUUCCCCUGUUGGCAGCAUUGUAUCCUUCUUCAUCCUCCUAGGGCUGAAAAGAACCAGUGACGCUUACAAGAAAUUUUACUGAGAUCAGUGCAAUGCACUGCUCUCUUCCUUCCAGCUUCUUUUUAUUUUUUGGUAUCCAAAAUAAAAUUGUAGGUGGUUCAAUUGAUGUGUCUCAGCAUUCUUUGAAAAAAACGAGAAGAAAAAGAGCAAAACCAUUGUUAGUCUUACCCAUUGUCUGUGAGAUUUUUUAUUUAAUGUUCUAAACCUGGAAUAUUGUUAAAUAAAUCAGAAAAAUAAGUUAGUUACUAGAUUAUCUGUCUGAUGUGUGGUCAUAUCUACAGCACUUUAUGACUGAACUCUUCCGCAAUAGGGGGAGGUUGUAUUCUGAGGAUUUAAAGCUAUGCAUUUAUUUUCCUUUUGAUCCUGUAAGUUAUUUUUUAAAAAUGCUGUACAAAUCUUUUGGAUUAAAAAAAAAUGAGGAUGAAAAAUGUUGAAAGUUUAGAUGGUUUCUCUCACUUAAAUACGUGUGGUGUUUUUCAUUUAUUGACAAGAUUUUCUGUUGUUUGGUUGGGUGGAGAAGGAAAAUUGCAGAGCUGUUUUAAAUAUUGCUACAACUUGAGUUAACCCUCAUGUUGCUGCUAAGGGUGGGCCCAGAACAAUUUCCUAAUAAUGCUAUUAAGUCAACUUUAUGUUUGUGUUUCUUGACAGCUUCUUAAAUCCACAGCCUAACGUUUCCUUUUCCCUUCAGUACAGCUGAGACAUCUUUUUGGAGGGGCAAUAGAGGAACAAACUUCAGCUUUUGAGUACUUUCAUGCUGAAAAAGUGAAUUUUAACAGGCUCUCAAAGUAUGUACUCUGUGUCAAAAGAAGAAUUGCCCUUGUCACCAACUAGGUAUUGCCAAUUCAGGAUUAAACUUCAGUGGGCUAGGUGAGGUUUCUUGGGGUAACAAUAUAACUAAAGGGAGUUUUAGGUUUCUGACCAACUCUUGCACAAAUUUCACCUCCCUCUGCCAUCAGGGAUUAUGAGAAGACAAAAGAAAAAAUCCUGAUCCAUACUGAAGUUGAAAAGGUGAAUUUUUUCCAGCAAACCAUGUCUGAAGUGAUUUGGUUUAAAGGAGAGCAAUAAAGUUCUGUAUUAUUUAUGGAAAGGGUGUAUAGUUUUAAGUUUCUGUUGCAGUGGUCUGUUAGAUUAAUUUCAAGCAUUUUCUUUAACCAAUGUCGUGGUGUCCAAUUAGCUUUACAGGAGCAUUUGUAAGCAUGCAGGAAUAUUAAAAGCAAAAGAAACACAAA